CCUGAACGGCCAGAACAAAGAGAGGGAAAGAGCGCGACGAGGGGCAGAGAAUGCUCUAGAACGGACCGCGAUUCGCUGUCCGGAGCGCGCGGCGGUUUCGGGUUCUGCUGCCGAGCGGCUUUUCGCUGCCCCGAGAACCCUGCCACGCAGCAGCGUGUUGGGACCACGCAGUUCUCCAGCUCUAGUGUUCAAAAUAUUGACAUGCAGUUGGGGACAUUUAUGUCAAUACUUGUCUGAAGCGAGGAAAGGCUGCCGCUUGGUUUAUGACACAUCCUAUAGCUGAAGAACAUUCCUGAUGGCAGGCUCCCUAAAACCAAGCCUGAUGUCUGUUCAUGUUGUAGCCUUUGGAAAUGAGAGAGAUGGAUUUUCUGAAGACAAUCAGCAAUCAAGUCUGAUCUGGUCCUAUCUUGGAAGAAGUGCUCUCAUUUCAGCGACUGAAAGCAGUUUGCUGCUGAACUCUGCAAACCAUGUUGGAAAUCCUGUGUUUACUGAAUAUCAAGCCUGUGUGUUUGGAAAUGUCAGACUGGUGGUACAUGACUGUCCCCUUUGGAUGAAAGAGGAUCCAAGUCUGAAAGUCUCUCACCCUUAUAUGUGUAGUCCUGUUGACUUCAGUGGGACCAGACCUGAUAUUUUUGACAGUGACUGGUACACCUCUCAAAAUCUUAUUGGAGGAGCUGAUAUCAUUGUGAUUAAAUACUCUGUAAAUGACAAAUCUUCAUUUCAAGAAGUAAAGGACAGUUAUGUUCCAAUGAUAAAAAGAGCAUUAAAUCAUUGUUCAGUUCCAGUCAUAAUUUCCGCUGUUGGCGCAAGAAAAAGCGAAGUACCUUGUACUUGUCCACUGUGCACUUCAGACAGAGGGAGCUGUGUUACUGCUUCUGAAGGGAUUCAACUCGCUAAAGAGCUAGGAGCUACUUACCUUGAAUUGCACAGUCUCAGUGAUUUCUAUAUAGGAAAAUAUUUUGGAGGAGUGUUGGAGUAUUUUAUGAUCCAAAGCUUGAAUCAGAAGUCCUCUGAAAAAAUGAAGAAAAGAAAAAAAAGCCACAAGUGCCAUGGAGUUAAACCACCUCAGCUUGAACAGCCAGAAAAAAUGCCAAUCUUAAAAGGUGAAGCCUCGCAUUAUAAUUCCGAUUUACAUAACUUGCUGAUCUGCUGCCAGUGUGUGGACGUGAUAUUUUACUCAGAAGAUUUAAAGGAAGUAGUAGAAGCACACAAGAUUGUUUUGUGCUCUGUAAGCCAUGUCUUCAUGUUACUUUUCAAUGUGAAGAGUCCAGCUGAUAUUCAGGAUUCCUCUAUCAUAAGGACUGCACAGACUCUGUUUGCAGUGAACAGUGAGGCUGUGUUUCCCGUUUCUAACCAAGGUUCACCAUGCGGCCCACCGGUUAGAGUCAUUGUUAAAGACUCUUUCUUCUGUUUUUGUUUGUCAGACAUUCUGCACUUCAUUUAUUCAGGUGCUUUCCAAUGGGAACUGUUGGAAGAAGAUAUAAAAAAGAAGUUGAAAGACCCAGGAGAAGUUGAGCUCAUGCUUGAGAAAGUUAAAUGUAUCCUGAAAACUCCAGGAAAGGUAAAUAGUGCCAAGAACUGCAGAUCUCAUCAGACAGCAAGACCCUUGCAGUUAUGUGAUACUUCUCUCAGGCUUUUUUUUAAUACACAUGUGUUAGCUGAUGUCAUCUUCCAAAUACAAGGUGCUACUGUACCAGCCCACAGAGCAGUCCUAGUGGCUCGCUGUGAAGUAAUGGCAGCUAUGUUUAAUGGAAGUUAUAUAGAAGCAAAUAGUUUUCUGGUUCCAGUUUAUGGGGUUUCCAAAGAUACUUUCCUCUCCUUUCUAGAGUAUCUGUACACUGACUCCUGUUGUCCAGCCAGUAUUUUGCAAGCCAUGUCUCUCUUGAUUUGUGCUGAGAUGUACCAGGUAUCCAGACUCCAGCAUAUCUGUGAGCUUUAUAUCAUCACACAGCUGCAGAGUAUGCCUAGUAGGGAAUUAGCGUCUACAAGUCUCAGUGUUGUUAGCUUGCUCAGAAAAGCCAAGUUUCACAACUCUGACUGCCUUUCAACUUGGCUCCUUCAUUUUAUUGCCACUAACUACCUCAUCUUCAGUCAAAAGCCUGAAUUUCAAGAUCUUUCAGCGGAAGAACGCAAUUUUGUUGAGAUGCACAGAUGGCCUUCCACAGCUGCUAUUGUGGCGCUGAGAGGUUCUCCCCUCCGCACCUGAGGAACACCUGAGCUAGAUAAGGAGGAGAAAGAAGAGGACUUGGGAUGACGUGUUCAAUGAGAUCCUGCAAGCCAGUGCUGUGUGAGACUGAGGAAAGGGUCUGGAGGGUGAACAUUACAGACAGCCUGGGGAAGGAAAAAGCAGAGAGGAGAAGGAGAGGGAAAUGCACCGAGACACAAUGGAGCUUCUCCAGCAACAAACAGAGGUGCUGCAGACUCUUGUGGAUUUAGUUACAACAAUCCCAGUUUUGCCCUCCUUUGCAGUCCAUGGGAAACUCCAUAACAGCACCUCCCUAUGCCCUCCCACCCUACAUUCCAUGUGGUAUCAGGGGCUUUAUCCCUAUCCCUACCACUCUAUCCCAGCAGACAUUAAGAACAACCACAAUCCCAUAAACUGAUCUGUGAAAGCCAUGGUUGUUGUAUAUGUAGAUUAAUGGACAGGAAUGUUCUUUCCACUGGUUGUUCUGUUUCAUUAAUUUAUUAAGUUUUAAUGUAUUUACUUUUAAAUUGCACAGAUUUUUCUUUGCACUGGUUUUGCUACUGAAUAAAAUUAUAUUAUUUGGAAAAUAAUCUUUUAGUUCACAAUACAUGCUUCAGAGUGCCCAGCAAUUCUGAAAGCACCUACUUAAUUGUUACUCUACAGCGUGGCACAACUCAUAGGAUCAGUGACAAACAGCGUAAUAAUCAUAAAUGUACAACAAACACCAGAAAAUUAAGAGGUGCAUAGACAGUGCUAUAUUCAUAGAUGUACACCACACAAUUCCUAACAGGCCCCAAAACAGCAGGGCCAGGUAGAGCAGAGUACACCACACAUGACUCUGGCUCACUGUUAAAAUGCUCUUCAAAGCCUCUCUGAGCUGUGUGGUUCAGUGUUGAGCUCUUCUAAUAGCCCUUGUGUUUGGCUGUUCUAACUCAGCAGACUGCCAGUCCACUCUGGCAGAAACUUUUCCCCCUUUGCUUCCCUGAGAUUAUGCAGAACACAACAGACAGCUAUAACCAUUGGGAUGUCUUUUUUCACUGAGAUCCAGUCUUGUGAGUAAACAACACCAGCAUCCCUUCAGUCUUCCAAAAGCACAUUCAACUGUCUUUCUUCACCUGCUAAGCCAAUAGCGAAAUCUUUUUUUGGUGCUACUGGAGUGCUUCAUGAGUCAGGGGAGGAAGGGGUAGGCUGGGUUCCCCGGGAUUGCUAUUGGUAUUUCAACAUCAUCAACAAAAGAAAGUCCCUGCUUGUAGCUUUCUGAACAGUCCUGUAUUUUUAAAGAUGCAAGCAUCAGACACUUCCCUUGACCACCCAAAGUUAAUGUCAGUGAGGAGACCCUAGUGGUCCUCCAGUGCUUGCAUAACUGUAGAAAAGUAGCCCUUUCUGUUGAUAUACUCUGUGGCAAGAUGGGUUUGUGCCAAAAUAAGGAUAUGUAUACUAUCUUUGCUUCACCGCAAUUCAGGAAUGCCAUUACUGCAAAUCAAUCCAGUAUGUCCUGCGCAUUGCUGAGAGUCACAGUCCUGCAUAGCAAGAGAUGAUUAGUGGCCUUGCACACUUGCAUGAUAGUGGAUUUUCCAACUCCAAAAUGAUUAUGCACUUACCAGUAGCAAUCUGACACUGCAAGUUUCCACAGUGCAAUCACUACUCUCUUCUCCGCCAUCAGUGCAGCUCUAAUUUUGAUGUCCCUGUACUGGAGGGCUGAGGCAAGCUCGGCACACAGAUUCAGGAAUGUGGCCUUGUGUAUUCAAAAGUUCUGAAGCCACUGCUCGUCAUCCCAAGCCUGCAUUAUGAUGCGAUCCCACCAGUCAGAGCUCAUUUCUUGGUUCCAGAAGUGGUGCUCUACCAUCUGCAGUUUGAACACCAGCAACAAACAACUUUGAAUUGGUUCUUGCUAUGUCCCAGAGCAGUCUGUGCUCCAAGAUCUUGUAGUGUUCCCUGCUUAUUUGGUUCGUGUUACAGCUCUGUGAAGAUCAUGUGUCCUGUGCUCACAGUGCUUACAGCAAUAGUGCAGAACUGCAAGCGCCAUGCUUCUGUCAGAAACGGACAUUGAGGAGGGCUGCGUAGGUUCAUGGGGGAAAAGGCAUGAAAAUUAUGGGAUAUAGAUGACAUGGCAUGGAUGGGAUGAAAACAAUUGCAAACUGGGAAGUUGGCCCCUUACCCCCAGUCACCGCGCUUGACGUGUUGCUGCCCCACUAUACAUUGCCAAAACAUCCCAAAAGACAGUGCACUGGACAGUAGUGGGUUGCACUGAGAUACCUACCAUGUAUUGACACAAGCACUCAUGAGGAUGUGCAAUACUUGUGCAAGGAGCCACGUAUGCAUGCACGAGUGAUGUACUAACAGUGGUAGCUUUAUGCUGAUGUAACUUGCAUCAACCAAAGUUUGCAGUGUAGACGUGGUCUCUGUUGUUUAGCUGCAACCAGUUUUCCCUAAGGAUUCUUUGCUGCAGUAGUGGUGGUUUCAACUCCUAGAUGAGAUGUUGAAAACAUUUUAACUUUUGUAAAUCUUUUGUUUAACCUAUGGGUGAGAUUUUCAAUGAAGUUGGGUACCCAGCUUUCUGAGGCGCUUUUGAAUAUCCCACCCUACCUGCUUAUUUUAGCCUAGGAUUAUCACACAAUCCUUGUAACAUAUUUAUGGGCUUGCUCGGUAAAGCGUAUUGUCAAAACAUUGGGUUAAGUGUAUAACUAUUCCCUGUAUAAGUUGCCCUUACAAUCAUAUGAACUGGUAUUUUCUCUCUAGCUAGGUGCUUAUAUGGCCCCAUCAUUGUACUGUGUGAGCGCCUCCUUUGUAUUUAAAAAUAGAAA